ACCAUCCCUCCUGUCGCCGCUCCGCCCGGGACAGCGCGCUCUCAGCUUCACCGAGAGAGCUCUGAGGGCUUCCCGCCGGGACCAUGCGAGGCUUCGAGCUCCCACUCUUGCUGUUGGCGCUGGUCCUCUGCCAGGCGCCCCGGGGGCCAGCUGCCCCAGUGUCGGCAGGCACGGGCGGAGGGACUGUCCUAGCCAAGAUGUACCCGCGCGGCAGCCACUGGGCUGUGGGACACUUAAUGGGGAAAAAGAGCACCGAUGAAUUCCCGUCCCCGUAUGUGUCUGAGGGAGAUGGCCUGAAGGAGCAGCUGAGGGAAUACAUCCGCUGGGAGGAAGCGGCAAGGAAUUUGCUGGGUCUUCUAGAAGCCGUGGGGAACAGAAGCCAUCAGCCACCUCAGCACCAGCCUACUUGGGAUUCCGAGGAUGGCAGCUACUCUAAAGAUGUUCCAAACGCAAAGAUGGUAGACUCUCUGCUCCAAGUUCUCAAGGGGAAGGAUGGAACCUCCAGCUGAAGGGACAAUGACAAGGACAGCUUCCAAGGAGCAAAACAAAACCCUUCAGAGACUUCUGCAAACAUCAAUUCCGCUGGUCCAUCAACCAGAUUUUCCUUGUGCAAUUUACUUAACGGUUCUUGUGUCUUUCAACCAUGACUAAACUCAUGAUUUUCAAGCAGCAUCUUCUGGUUUGAACUUGUUUCUGUGAACA